UGUGGUAUCUGCGCAGACCGGAAGCUGUCACGUCCUUUCUGCUCCCGGACAGCCAUCAUGGUGUUCACCCGCUUUGUUGAGAUUGGCCGCGUUGCUUACGUCUCCUUUGGACCCCAUGCUGGCAAACUGGUGGCCAUUGUAGAUGUCAUCGACCAGAACAGGGCUCUUGUAGAUGGACCUUGCACAGGUGUGAAGAGGCAAGCCAUGCCCUUCAAGUGCAUGCAGCUCACAAACUAUGUGAUCAAAGUCCCCCACAGUGCUCGACAGAAGUUUGUCAGGAGAGCCUGGGAGAAGGCCCAGAUCAACGAGAAGUGGUCAGAAACCAGCUGGGCCAAGAAGAUCGAGGCAAAACAGAAGAGGGCCAAAAUGACGGACUUCGACCGCUACAAGGUCAUGAAGGCCAAGAGAAUGAGGAACAAGAUUAUCAAGCAUGAAGUGAAGAAGCUUCAGAAGGAGGCUGCAAAGAAAUGAACAGAUUUUCCAAAAAUAAAGUCCUGAUAAAUUCUUAA